CGGUGGGGGUGUGAACUCUUUCCCAGACACACACACACACACUCUCUCACAGACAUACACACAUCUUGUUUCUCACCAGCAGAAACGGGUUCAGUCACACAGCAAGCAAGACAGAAGACAGGCGACUAUCCCAGCCAAGUGUUCCCACUUUUUUUUGAAGAAGACAAAAAGCGCAGCCAUGGGGAAAGGAUGCAUCACAGUCACCAAGUACUUUCUAUUCCUCUUCAAUCUCCUCUUCUUUAUCUUUGGAGCAUUGAUCAUGGGCUUUGGACUGUGGGUUCUCUUCGAUAACCAGAGUUUCAUUGCUGUUCUACAGGAGUCGUCAGACACGGUGAAAGUGACUUCCUACAUCCUUAUCGGAGUGGGUUCCUUGUCAAUGGCCAUGGGCUUCUUCGGCUGCAUCGGAGCCAUCUACGAAAUUCGUUGUUUGUUGGGUCUGUACUUCACCUGUCUCCUGCUCAUCCUCAUCGCCCAGGUGACUGCUGGAGUUCUCAUUUACUUCCAGAGAGAUCGGUUGAAACAUGAGAUGUCAAACAUCAUAAAGGGCAUGAUAAUCAACUACACAGGCCAGAACAGGACGACAGAGCACACCUGGGACUACGUUCAGAAGACGAUGAAGUGUUGUGGAUGGACUGGUCCAGGCAACUGGUCAGAGAACUUGGUGAUCAAGAACAGCUCCCAGCACCUCUACUCAUGCUCCUGUCGCAACGAUUCCCUGCCUGGCAUCGAGAUCAAGGCCGUGGGCCUGUGUGAGCAUCUGUCCGCAGAACCACCUGUCUAUGAAACGGGCUGUGUAACCAGUGUGGAGAAAUGGCUCCUGGAAAACUGCGGAGUUAUUCUGGGAAUCUGUUUCGGUGUGGCAGUUGUGGAGCUCCUCGGGAUGAUCCUCUCCAUGUGUCUGUGCAAGAGUGUCGUCCAGGAGGAUUAUACCAAAGUACCAAAGUACUGAGCUGAAGACAGAUCCAGCUUCACACCACACACACAGAUGGAUGGACUCUUUCUCUCUCUCUCUCUCUCUCCUUGUCUCACACUCUUAACGUACACACACACACACACACACAAAAUUAAGACAGCUGUCUCUACCAUUUGAGCUUCUCCUGCCUUGACAGCUGUGCAAAUUUCUCACGCCCCAUAUGUCCCACACACACACACAUACAAACACACACCUCUCAAUCAAGCUUGACACACAUGUUGGACAUAGUUUGCAAGUUAACAUAGUUGUCUUAUCAUUUUUCUGUUUUUUUUUUUUUUUUAAGGAGACAACCAUAAUGAUGUUUAGGUGGUAUGUUUCAGUGGAAACCUAUGCAAACGUUCAUGUAUGAAAAGAUUCUUUGUGUAUUUUUGUUUUCCUUUGCUGACCUCAAUGAAGCGCUUAACGUAGUAGUAGAGAGAGCACUUUAGUGACAUUUGGUGAGCUGAGAGACGGAGCAUCUUCUGACUCCGGGGCAGGGAGAUGAGAGGGAGAUGGGAGGGUGUGUGGGUGGGUGCGUAGUAGAUGCUUACAACCAUAAAUCCCACUCUAUGAUCCUGCAGCUGGUAUUUUUGGUGCAGAGGGUGGAGGAGAGGCCCCUGGCUGAGCUAGGGCAGGGCUGCUGUGGUGGAGGUUUUGGCUCCUGUCAUCAGCUCCUUGUACGCAGCAGCCCUGAUAUUAGCCUCCGUUUACACCCACCACCACCCACCUCCCCCUCCCGCUAUCCAUCAUAGCAUCUCUAAAUCACAUCUCUGUCUUCCUCUUGGGUGUGUCUGACUGGUAACCAGUAGCUUCCAAAAUGACUAGUUCUGCAUGAAGUAAGUGUGUGUAUGAUGUGUUGAGUGAAUAUUUUAUUUCUUUUUUUUUUAGAUUCUCAUGUCAUCUCUGUUUUUUUUAACUUUUUUUUUUUUUUAGUGUAUAUACAGUAUGUCUUUGGUAGGGGAUUAUGGCACUUUGGUGCUUGGUCAGCGUUUUAUAUGGGAAAGCAGUCACCCACAUGCUCUUGUUUUAAGAGUCCUAUUGUUCUUCACUUCCUCUCUAUUGUUUAUGAUGUACAGAAUGUGGCUGCCACAGCACCUCGUCAGCACUAUUUUGGUCUGAAUCAGAUUAAUUGGACCAGUUAGAGUGAAUCUGUCAUCACUCUUGAAGUUGUAUUUUAUUUGUUUUAGCAUCUAUUCCAUAGCCUGAAUUUGUGAACAGACGACUGGACAUCUUUAAAUAAGCUCCUCACACUUGCCUUCACUUGUUUUUUUGCCGUCGUGGCAGAAACUUAUAAAAAUGGCAGCUGUGUGACCACAAUGUAUUUUCCCCUCUCUGCAUGAUUGAUUGUUUCCUGAGAAGAAGUUUGCCUUGUUUAAAUUAUUGGUAACAAGAGUAGAGACAAACAUUGAAAGCUGCGCAUGAUUGGCUGUUUCGGAGACCAAUAUGACCAGAAAAUGACUGUUCAUGAACUCAUGCUGUCUUUGCUAAAGUUGUUCUACAAAAGUAUUUAAAUGUUGCUUUGAGUUUCCUCAUCCCACUUAUUAUCCACCUCAUCAUCUCAGUCCUUCCGCUUCAUUUCAAACACACUAUUAUGGCUGAAUUUAUGGUUAAUUUAGUGGAUAGCUGGCACUUUAAUGUGGUUAGUAGCUUUGUCAUACCAUCUCACACGAGUCAUUUCAAAUCAUGUUCAUCAUGCUGCAAUAACACAAGACGGAGGAAACUGCCCGUUUUUUAAAAAAAAACAGCUGUGUCUGCCUGAGCUCCAAAUUGAAACAUUAAUUUAACUUAAUAAGAGAUGAAGACUUUUUGUUGUGUUUUUAAAAUGUUUUGUACACUUUUACAAAAAAAGAUUUCAUUUAGUAGGAAAAGAAAUGUCCGUGGACCUUUUAAGCCAUGUUUAAAAUACAAAUUGUGUAUUUCUUUUUAUUAUUGAGAACCAUUAAUAAACUCAAACCCACCAGAA